AUGAGCAACAAAGACGACCCGAGCAAGUGUUGUCCCGCAGCAGCUCCGAUCUCCAGUUUUACCAUCCAGUCCAUCUUAGGCAGCAGCAGCACCUCGGAAGGAGGCAGGGAGCCCACUUCUAAGCAGGCAGCCUCCGCCUGGCAGAGCAGGAAGCGGAGCCUGUCGGUGUCCUCAGAAGAAGAGGAGCCGGAGGAGAGCUGGAAACACCCCGCUUGCUUCUGCCCCGACUCGCACGGCCCCAAAGAAACGUGCCACAAACACCAGCCUAUCAGUUUCACGUGUCUCAGCAACCCGAAGGGCAGCGGCGCGGCGAUCGGCUCCGAGAGGACGCCGCCUUUUCUCUCUCAGUCCCAGCAAGACCUGAAGGAAGAGAAAGAGAAGCAUUUCCCUCCCAGCUCUCCGACUCCGGGGGACAGACAAAGGGACGGAGCGGACAGGCAGGCCAGCUCGGCCAAAAAGAAGACGCGCACGGUUUUCUCCCGGAGCCAGGUCUACCAGCUGGAGUCCACCUUCGACAUGAAGCGCUACCUGAGCAGCUCCGAGCGGGCCUGCCUGGCCUCCAGUCUGCAACUGACGGAGACCCAGGUGAAAACCUGGUUUCAGAACCGCAGGAACAAAUGGAAACGGCAGCUCUCGGCGGAACUGGAGGCGGCCAACAUGGCCCAUGCCUCAGCCCAGACUUUGGUGGGGAUGCCCCUGGUCUUCAGAGACAAUUCCCUCCUCAGAGUGCCGGUGCCCAGAUCCAUCGCCUUCCCAGCUCCCUUGUACUACCCGGGCAGCAACCUGUCAGCCUUACCGCUUUAUAACCUCUACAACAAGAUCGACUAUUGA